AAAAAUAUUUUCAUUAUUUUAUGAAAUUCAUUAUCGUCCCGGAGUUCGUUAAUUUAUUAUCGGAGAUGAAGAACCGCUAAUUUCUCCUGAUCGUUCAUCUAUUCGCGAGUUUACCCUACCAUCCGUAAUAAAAAAUCGUUCAACCGUUGAAAAACGUGACGAAGUCACGUUUUUGGGAUAAAUUCAAUUCAUAUUCAUUAAUGGAAUCGUUUCUUAUUAAUCCUUAUUAUUUCCUGUUGCACUUAUCCUAAGAAUCUUCAAGCGUCAGAAGUCGUUGGAAAUCGUGUCAGCGAUUUGCAAAACAACCGAUCCCCCUGAAAAUCUAUCAAGUACGUAAACUCGUGUGACCCGAGGUAAUCCGGAGAAAUGUAAAUUGCGCACGAGACGACGAAGUCGUCGAGUCGCAACGGGGGACAAGGGCAGGGGGGAGAGUGAAGCUCGCCGAAGAUGUAGUUGAGGGAUCCGGUGAAUCCCGGUUAUCGUAUGAAAAACACAAGGGGGACCAGUGCGGGUCAUCCGUAGUGAUAAACUGGACUAUAAUAACCAUCCAUUCGUACUUGGGCACAGAGUUCAGCUCGACUGGUUUAUACCGGAUUUAUUCUUAUCACAAUCCAGCCCCAUUUGACGUUAGCUUCUGUUUAACACUUUUUUUCCCCCCUUUUUCACUCGCUUAUCGCCACUCGUGUUGGCAUCACGCGCUACGCGUGGGCCUAAUGAGAACUUAAUUGAGGAAAACAACGAGAUUUCGCGAUUAUUGGGAUGAAAUCUUGACAACAGUGAAUUGCAAACUGGAUUUUUUUUUUAUUUUUUAAACGAAGCAUAAUUAAUUACUUUAGUCGAGGAUAAUAUAGUUUAGAUGUUUAUAUGAGGCAAGAAGAGUUUACGCGAGACCGUGCGAUUUUUUCAGGGCAUUUUUUAAGUGGUUCAAACUGUUUUUAGUCGUCCAGAGAGAAUUAAUUUUUAAAAAUAUUGUAUUUACCGUGCAGUGGACACGCCAUGAUUUCGCGCCUUGGUGCCUUCCGUCACAUGACAUUGAAACGUUUUUGCAUCUUGUAACAGGCCCAUCACUUGGCGGCCAAUUCAUAUUGACAUGAACUGAGGCGACAACAUUGAGCUACGAAUUUUACGCGUCUGCUCGCGUAAUGGACACGACAACGCGCUUCGAAGUCCGACGUGAAUUCUAAAUUUUACAUUCCAAAGCAGAGAUCAUGUUUAGGGAAAUCGUUCCCACAGACUCAGUCUUGAGAUUUGUAAUUCCGAUGUCAAUUUUUUAAGAAAAUUUCUGAGGCGAUUGGGCGAUUUUAUAUAAUUUUUCGAUCAUGCUACGUCGACAUAACACAAAAAAUCAAAUCUCAAGUCAGACCGAUUACAAAGCUUCUACUUACAACAGUAAAACAUUCAUAAACAUGUGAAACAGUUGGGGAUUAAGAUUUCGAUUUGUAGAAUCCGCGUAAGUGCCGAGAAAUCCUCUUCGAGAAGAUUUUAUCCUUAUCGUGAGUCACCUGUUGCUUGGGAUGACUUCUCAUCCUCAAGAGCCCAUCAGUGCGACUUAAUUCUGGAGUCAUCACACUGUUGUCACGACUGGAGGAAAAAAUUUGUCAAAAUUAAAUAAUCGACGAGGAAAAUGUCAAGUCAUACGGAGGUCAAUCGAGUUCCUGAUUUUAUCCCACUGCUCGCGAGUCCAUCGCCACAAACGCCAAGUUUAUCAAAUUUGACCUCGACAAUUUUGUUCUUUUCGACGCAUCAGUUCAUGCAAAUAUCCUCUGAUUGUCGAUAAAUGCGAAAGACAUUCCAUCUACGAAGCUUAUAUACGUACAAUUUUGGUGGGAGAUAGCCACGAAGAAUCGAGACAUAAAAAAGUGAAAUAACACCUCACGUGUUGUCCAUAACAGCCCAUAUAACAAACACGUGAUGAUACAUAACAUAAAAUGUUUUUUUUUUCUUUUGGAUGGGCCGGGGAAGGGGAAGAAGGGCAUAUCGCAUUGUUCCACAAAAGAGGCACGCAUAAGUAGUAGUGGAGAUGGUUGAGCACCGUCCACAGUCGUCCAAUCGUACGGGACUGUGUAACAUCGGGAGGCGUCCGACUCAAUAGCACUCGAUCUACUUCGAUUCAGUCUCGCUCGUUGUCUUGCUCGAGACGUGUCAACGGAAAUAAUAGUCAACAGUUCCGACUGAUGAUAAAUUCCAAUUAAACAUCACCAAUAUUGUCAUAAUAAUAAAAUUGACUUUAAGAAUAAUUACGCGACUCAGUAAUAAAAUAAGACAUAGGAUAAUACUUGAUGAAUCAAUUUUCGCAUAAAUAAAGGACAAUUAAUACCGCAGCUUUAAUCGGUUAUCAAGACUGAGAGCAAAUUAACGCGAUUGGUGGCCUGAAUAAUUAAGUGACUUUUAAUUAAUUGAAUGACUGAUUUAUUGAAUAAUUGAUUGGCGGAUUGUUUACGUCAAGUGGACAGGUGGACUUUGCGACACUAAUUGAUGAAAAAUCGGCUGUGAUUUUUUAAUUAAUUCAAUUUUGAGGGUUUGGGAUUUUCCUGGGAGAUUUGAAGUUGAAAGUGAGCACAAUGGUAACACACAGUAUGGAGAAUAUUUUGAAUAUGCAGUAUUAUGCGGUGGCCAAUCACGACGAGGCUCCACACUCGCCUCCGCGAAAACGAAGGUGUUUGAAUAAAGAGCAAGACCCGAUGUCCCAUAGGAUAAUCGAAAAAAGGAGGAGAGACCGUAUGAACAAUUGUCUAGCCGAUUUGAGUCGACUGAUCCCCGCCGAGUACUUGAAAAAGGGUCGUGGACGUGUGGAGAAGACGGAGAUUAUUGAAAUGGCUAUUCGUCACAUGAAAUAUCUCCAGGGGUCUCGCCCAGACACUAAACAGCCAUCAGUAGCUCCAGUUCACCAUCCGGAGGACAGUGUGGAUAGUGUUUCACACUCUCCGAGUGCUUCACCAGCUGCUGAGCACUACAGACUGGGAUUCCAGGAGUGUCUCAGUGAAACAAUGCAUUUUCUUGUUGAGGUCGAGGGAUUCUUCGCCAGGGAUUCACUUUGUGUACAGCUAAUCAGUCAUCUUCAGCAACAUUGCGAGAAAAUUUUAGCAACUAGUGACAGACUGGGAUUCCCCCAUCCCGACUUGCCCCCUCAAAACGGCUCAUCAGUUCCCACCUUCGGCCACACUAGUAUCUCCAAUAUCUGUCCACCUGCCACCCACUCGGAUCAAGGCUCAAGCUCAGGGGUGAGUUCGUUCGAGGACCCGGAGCGGCCCAGGGCGAUAAUUCCACCACCAACGGUGGUCUCCGACGACAGCAAUCACAGUCACACCGACAGCACCCAGUCCCACAGUCCACCGUCCAUGGCUCCCCACCAGAGGCCCACCAACUACAAAUUCAAGAGCUCCAUCAAGCAGAGGUUUUCGGCGGAGAGAGUCAAGUCCAGUCCACCACCGUCGGAGAAGCCCCACGGAGUUCCAGUUUUCGCCCUUCACGAUGGGGGAAAUUUCUAUGUUCCUCUGACGGUUGAAUCGUCACUUCUCAGGCCACAGCUGACCUUCAUACCCGAUGCUGGACCUGAGACUGUUCUCCAUCCUAUCACCAUUUCCGUUAAUUUCAAUCAGACGCCGAUGACGCCUUGGCCCCAGGAACAAAGUCCCCAUCACGAGCAAACGUAGAUGUCAGGGUGACCGAAGGGGUCGGGGGAUAAUGUCUAGAUAAUUUUUCUGGAGAUUCUUUUUUAUGGGGAGACAGUUGUCUGAUGCUUUCUCCUGGACGGAACGUUUCUGUUGAAAGAUCCAGUGAAUUUAACGGGAAAUUUAUGGUGUUCAGUUUUUCUUGUCAACAUAUUCAAAUGUUCGAUUUGUUCUGGGCGAUUCAUUCUGUUGAACUAUGUUUCAUGGAAAUAGUUAAGCUCAAAUCAUGUUUUCAUGUUCGAUUUUCAUGGUUUUCAUGUUCAAGAAGUGAAUUUUCUGAAAAAAAUAGUUGGACAGGUGAAAUCACCCUGAUUUACUACCAAAAUUAUUUCUAUAGGUUUUUGGACGAAUCUAUGGGAAUUUUUAAAACAUAUCUGAACAUCCCUUUGGAAAAAAUAUUGAUUGGAAAAAUUUCCAAAUUUCUCCGUGAAAUGUUUUUCAGUGUAUAAGAUUGAACUGUAUCUGAACUUGUCAACGUCUCUAGAAACUUGAAGAUGAAUUUAAGUACUAGAAUAUCGCAUUUACAGUUGAUUACAGGUGAUCGUACCAAAUGUUGUGCCAUUUCUGAGCGGUUAUUGUUUAAUCCUGAUUCAACCCCCAUUUCCAAUUAUUUUCUUUCGGUUUCAUAAUUUUAAUUGCGAGUGGGUGAGUGGCUACUGAUCGGCAUUUUGCACUAAUGAGUAUUAAAUCUCUCUCACAUAUGACAUUAUGAGAUUUUUUUGAUACACUGUCCACCGACAAUGAACCGCUGCUUGUGAUUCACAAAAUAUCAAUUUUUUAUAACUAAAAAAGUUUCUGAAGGUCAAUGAAUACUCAUUGAAAUGGUUGUUCAAUCCAUUUACUCUCUUGAAUGAUUUUUAAAAUAUUUAUGCUGUUCACUGUAGCAGAAAUGAUGCUAUAUUUUUAUACCCGCUCAAAUUAUGUGCAAACAUGAGUAUCAAUUAUUAUUUAGAGGCAAUAACGUGACAAAUGCCAAAUGCCUCGAUUAACAGAUGAUUCGGAGGUCUACUCGAUGCCCAUUAGAGAUGUAAUAUGUUAGUGGGAGGCCCUCAGCGACUAAAGACUGACCGAGACCUGCAUUACAUUAAAUCACGAUGAUAAAUACGAAUAAACUACCCUUAAGGUUUUGUUUCGAAUCGAAUAUAUUUGUACAUAAACAAAAUGUUUAGCUUUAAGGUGAUCAUGAAUUUACGACGAAUAAAUUAUAUUUACCAUAA